AUGUAUGGCCAGGCCCCGCCCCAGGCCUGGUCGGCAGACGGCUUGGCCGCUCGAUCACCGCCCCUGCGCGCUGCCGCCUCCCUCGCAUCUCCAGCCGCUCCGGAUGCGCUGGCAAGCGCAUGGAAGCACGUCAGGAACGUGGUGUCUGCCGACUCCCGCCCCGCCGACCUCUAUGACCUGCUGUCGCACUCCUGGCCAUCCCUGGUCCGCCCACUAUCGCCCGUCAUCAGCGAGAUGCCGGGCAUGGUGCUGGAGCGUUACAAUGCGUGCCAGACGGUCGCCUUUUGCGGCGUGUUCCCGGAGAUCAAGCGCGCCUGGGCUUCGGUAGACAACUCGCUGUUCCUCUGGCGCUUUGACAAGUGGUGGAUUGUGCUGCUGGGAGUUUGCUGCUCGCGCGGCCCUGGAGGCGGCGGCGACGACUGCGAGGAGGUCACCCUGCAGCCGCUGCCACUCUACUCGGUGCCGGCAGACAAUGUGACCAUGGUCACGGUGUCAUCCACCGCAGACGGGCGCAUCUUUCUGGGCGGAGCCGACGGCCACCUCUACGAGCUGCAGUACUCCGCAGGCGACAGCUGGCGCAGCAAGCGCUGCCAGAAGGUGUGCCACACUGGCGGCCUGCGCCAGCUGCUGCCCUCGUUCCUCCCCUCCUUCCUGUUCGGCUCGCCCUCGGCGCUCGUGGAGAUAUGCGUGGACAACCAGCGCCACUUCCUCUACACCCGUUCCCAGUCCAGCGUGCUGCAGGUGUUUGAUCUGGGCGCCGACGGCAAGGCCGCCCCCUCCAAGGCGGCAGAGAGCUCGGAGUUCCUGCACGACGCGGCGAGGGCACUGGGGGGGCGAGACGUGUUUGGGCGUGGAGGCGGCGACCGCAAGGGUGCUGCCGUUGUGUACAUGGCUCCCAUCCCACCCAGCCAGUCCCACCGCCUGCACCUGCUGACAGUCACCGCCGAUGGGCGGCGCGUGUAUUGGGGUGCAGCUAGCUCGCGCUAUGGGUCAGACCCCGCGGGGCCGCGGCCCGACCGCCUGCGUGCCGAGGUCGCUCGCCAAGCCAUGCCCUCGGCGGUUGCCGGCGGCGGCCGCAUCGGCGCCGGCGGCACCCACGGCCCCGCGCGUGGCCUGGAGGUGGUGGCAGCCCAUUACAGCAACGGCGUGCUGCUGCUGGCAGAGGCGGCGCCAGGCGAGAGCCGCACGCGCCUCUUCAUGCUGAGCAGGGACCUGACCAUCCCACCCGUGGGCACCGCCACUGGCACCCACGUCGCGGUGGCAGGGCUGCGCGAGGCGGUGAGCCAGCUGGAGGUGCACACGCCAGGGGAGGCCUGCGCUAUCAGAAGCGUGCCGCGGCCGCCGCCAUUGCUGCUGGGUGGCCUGCUGGAGGCGGUGGCAGUGCGGGAUGAGCUCACCACGCAGAACCUGGGGCCCGCGCCGUGCUUUGUCAUGGUCACAACGGCGGGCGUGCUGGAGAUGGAGAAGAUGCGGCCUGUGGAUGUGCUGGCGCAGCUGCUGGAGCAGCGGGACGCCGCCAAACUGGAGGUGUUCUUCAAGAGCUACGGCUCCGGCGAGGCGGCCGCCAUGUGCAUCCUGCUGGCCACGGCGGGGCCGCCGCAGGCGUCUGCCUCCGUGGUGGCACAGGCAAAGGGUGCCCUAGACAACCCGAGGCUGUGCGGCGAACCGCAGCUGCGGGAUGCCGCCGACGGCAUGGCAGCCGCGCCUGCAUUUGGCGCAGCCCCGGGGGCUAGUGCGGACGACGGGCUGGCAUCAGGCUUCGACAUGGGAGCGGUGGUGCCUGUGGCGGAGCCCGAGUGGUCUGGCGCGCACCACGGCCUCUGCCUGUACGCCUCCCGCGUGCUGCAGGCGGUGUGGGAUGAGCAGGUGGUGGUGCCCAUGCGCAGCUCCCCGCAGCUGCUGAAGAGCAAGCUGUCGCCAGAAGCUCUGCAGUCGUUGGAAGACAAGCUGCGGGCACUGGAUGCCUUCCUAGUCGACUACCUGCACCGGAGGAGGGGGCGGCGCCCAGUGGGCGGCGCGGGCACGGCCGCAGAUGGCGGCGUGCUGCCGACCGCCAAGCGGCAGCGGCUGGAGGACGCGCAGCAGGCGGAGCUCAAGCGCACGGAGGGCGUGCGGGUGCUGGUGGCCCGCGCCGCGGAGGCCUGCUUCCUGCUGCGCGUGCUGUCGGAACACAAUGUGGGCCGCCUGGCGGCGCGGCUGGAGGAGGGCGUGCGCUCGCAGCUGCGCUCACUGCGCUUCAGGGAGUGGGUUGCCAGCGAGGAUGGCGAUGGCGUGGCCACUCAGCUCAUCUCAGUGCUGGUGGCGGAGCACCUGCUGUCCACGGGCGGCGUAGCGGAGGACCUGGCUGCGGCGCUGCAGCGCGGCUGCGGCUCCUACUUCAAAGAGGACGACAAGCUGUACUACCAGGCCUGCGGCCUGCUGCAGCGUGCAGAGGCGGCCGCAGCCAUGGCCGACCGCGAGGUGCUGACGCGGGAGGCGGUCAGCCUGAUGCUGCGCGUGCCGCUGGCCUGUGACCUGGGGCAGGUGGUGCCGCAGCUGGCCUACCUGCGUGCAGUGCAGGCCAUUGUGGACCUGCCGCUGAGGAAGGCAGCAGCGCUUGACCCGCACAACGUCGCAGCGCAGCUUGGCCCCGAGGGCGAGGCGGCGGCGCAGCGGCGGGAUGAGGCCUGCUACCAGCACACCAUGGCCGUGUUGCGCCUGCUCAUAGACCGCUCAGCCGUCACUCCGGCAUUGGAGGCGCUGGGGAAGAGCCUGAGCGACAGCGAGCGUGCUGCGUUCUGCACGCAGCUGCUAGCGCACGCGGCGGCGGCAGCCGACCCGCUGUUCCAUGACGCCCUGUACGCAACGCUGGUGCAGCUCAAGGCUGUUAAGGAGCUGCUGUCCCUUGACACGCCCUACCUUGAGGCCUACCUGAUUCGGGGCGGCGGCCUGCUGGGAGCGGCGCCAGGCGCCAGCGUUGGACCGUUGUCGGCAGGGCAGGUGGCGCACGUGGAGGUGCUGGCGCGCUUCUACAUUUCCCGCCACGAGUAUGCCAAGGCGGCUCAGGUGUAUGAGCUGUUGGCAGAUCGUGCAAGCGGGCCCGGCGAGCAGGCGGUGAGCCUGGAGCAGCGGGAGGAGCACUAUCAAGCCGCGGUGCUGCAGGCCAAGUCGUAUGGCGACGCUGAGCUGCUGGACCGGCUGGAAAGCAAGGCCCGCAUCUGCUCCCUGCAGCAACGCCUGGCCAACUGCCUGGCGGCCGCAGCUCGGUCAGCGCCGGAUGAGGUGGCACGAGAGGAGGCGGAGGCGGCUGUGAGCGAGUUGCAGGCGGUGCCCAAGCCACUUGAGGCACUGUACAAUGACUUUGCCAUCCCCUCGCAGAACUGGCUGCUGUGUCUGGAGAUGGUUCACCUGGCACACUUCAGCGACCGCACCUACGUGAGCCAGCUAUGGGACCUGGCCCUCAAAGAGGUUUGGCUGCAGCAGUGGGCCGGUGGCAGCGGCGCAGCGGCAGCUGAUGAUGGCGGCGGCAGUGAGGAGCGACGGGCUGCAGCGGCGCUGGAUGAGUGCUGCCGCUGCGUGGAGAAUCUGGGAGAGCAGUUCUAUCCAAACGACAACAGCUUUCCGGCGGCCCACGUUCUGAUGCGGCUAGAGCAGGCGGCGGCGGGCAGCUGGCCCUCGCACACCGGCGUCUUGCUGGACAGCGACAGGCUGCUGCGGGCCAUGGUCGGCGCCUGCAAGGGUUCCUAUGAUGCGGUGGUGAGGGUGUACGAGUCGCUGCUCAGUGUCCGAGGCGGUGACGAUGCUGGCGAUGCACUACAUGCACCCUCGCUGCGUCUACGCCUGCUGCGCUCGCUUGCAGCGCUCAUCGCAGCCGCCAAGGACAAGCUGCUGGAUCGUGCCCCUGGCGCUGCUUUUGGUGGCUACCGUGGCGGGCGUCGCGAGGCGGGGCUGCUGGCGGCGGCCUGCGAGGCAUACGCUGCCGAGGCGCGGCGUCUGCUGCCUGCGGCGGAGGCGGAGCAGCUGGCAGCGCAGUUUGAUGCACUCCUGACGGCUCUGCAGCCGCUGGUGGGCGGCUUCCGCGCGAUCGCCUACUGA